GACUGCUUCACUUUAGCACUACUUGACCGUUUUGCUACACAUUUUCCCAAAAAUUCGCUAUGGGCCGGGCUCUUUUUUCCUCUAUCUAUCACUCUGCACCAGCGGUAGCGACGCCCAUACCGUUCGCAGAUACUCCUUACGAAAAGACGUAUGAGAACUGGAGCAUCUUCAAUCAAUUCGAUCCAGACUCGGAUGAUUUCUUCGAAGAUGCGCAGUACGAGGCGUUCAUUACCGACGAGCAGGAGCAGGAGCAGGUCAGUGAGCGGUCAGACGUCGGCAGUACUCCUGCCUUGUCGCGGGAGAGCAACAUGGAGGAUAGGGGCAGUCCCAUGGCUGUAGGCUCAGACGAUCCAGCCGCAAUGCUGGCCGAUGCAAUUGAGAGUGGGGAAUGGGACCAGAGCCUGUCCGAGGCCACCAUUGAAGGCGACGCAGACGUCGAGAAUGACCCUCAGUGGCGGCGUGUAGGCGACUUCGCCAUCUGGACCAGGCCAGUCCUCGCCAGUACACGUUUCGUCUCAGACACUCCAGCACCCAGCCUGCCACCCUUCCUGCCACCGUCGUCGCUCCGAAACUCGACGACGGCGAGCGAUCUCGAUGAUGAUGAGCCUGCCACUCCGCCGAGACGCAGCGUCACUAUCGCGCCCAUCACCAUUCCCCGUGAACCGUCAUCGCCCAGCCCCGUCACCCCAGAUGGCCCCCUGACACCGCCCGAUGCUCCCUUUUCUCUAUCCUCGUUGGCACCUUCCCCGGCUCCAACUGUGACGCCUCGCGUUUAUCGCUGGACUGCAUUACCUUCCCAGCGCGACAGCUCGGGUCCUCUCACAAAUCCCAGUGCUCGCAUGUCGCACGCGCGGAUUGUACCUGCUCAUAUUCGUCUUCCCACCUUUGCGGUGUGAUCAUUAAAAGUAUCCCUUGUCAUAGAUCGGGUCGGUCUGUUUAUACAGUAUACUAUCAGCUAUCUAUCUUCUCAUAUCUGAACGCAUCGUCCCUUCCUUUGUUGUACUUGGGGUGGAAUUGUGUUUGGAUUUCAUGUUGCCAUUUUUCCCUUGUCUAGAUUUGCGUUCUCCUGUUUGUGUUCCGUAUGCUCCCGUCAUCGACACACGCUCCUUCCAUCUUGUAUGUAACACGGCAGUCUCUUUCGUACUUACAUUACUAUCUAUGUAUCAAAUGGAAACUUGAAUGCAUGGUCCGCCCAUUCUCC